UCAGUUCCCUCUUUCGUACCCGGUGUGUUUGUUCCUACCCGCCAGUAAACCAUGUAAGCGAUGGAGUUCGGGGGCAUUGAGAUCUGUCGGUGUCACCCGAAAACUAAACACAGCAGCGCAGCAACAGCAGCAGCAGCUCUGAGUUCCUCACAUGGAGUUUAACCAGAGGAAAGCAUCGACUCUGUGGAGCUGAAGAAACGUCUCAAAGAGCUCUGGCCUAUGCAAGUGCUGUCCCAGACAUAGACACACACCCAGACGUAAGAGGCACCCAGUCCUGUCAACAGGAAGACGAAAUGGCCUCCAGCAUGCCACCCGGGAAUCCCCAAAUCAGCCUCACGGACAGGAGUGGUAGCUUCUUCAAGCUGAUUGACACAUUUGCAUCAGAGAUCGGGGAGUUGAAGAAAGAGAUGGUCCAGACUUCUCCAACAGUGGACAAAGAGCCCAUGGACAUACAAGGGCUAGAGAGUGAGGUGUGUGGCGUUUACUUACAGUCUCCCCACUGUGGCGGGGUGGGGGGUGAAAGGGACUCCGGGUACGACUCCUUGCGGAGGAGGAUGAGCGUGUUGGACAGGCUGACUCAAACCCACCCGGUGUGGCUGCUGCUGUCGGUCAGUGAAGAAGAGGCCAGACGCGUUCUGCUCAAACAGCCACCAGGGGUUUUCCUGGUCAGGAAGUCAGUUGCCCUGCAGAGAAAGGUCCUCUCUGUGCGUCUGAAAGAGGAUCAUUCAGGAACUCCCAUCAGCCACUUCCCUGUCAGAGAGAGCCAGUACACCUUUUCUCUCGAUGGCUCUGGGAUCAGCUUUGCAGAUCUGUUUCGCCUGGUGGCUUUCUACUGUAUUAGCAGGGAUGUCCUGCCUUUCACACUCAAACUCCCAGAGGCCAUUGCAUCUGCCAAAACUCAGAAAGAACUGGAGGAGGUGGCUCAGCUUGGAGCAGGCUUCUGGGACUCUGCACUGUGCAGUCAACGUCGCACCUCCCCCCGUCCCUGUCGCCCUUUGAGCCGUACCCUCAGCCCCCAGCGAACUAACAGGAACAGGGAGGUCGAGGGGUCACUGGAGAGACACACUGGGGCUCACUGUGACAGUGCGCCCCCGACCCUACGGUCCCACGCUCCUCCACCUUCCUUUCAUCUUGAGAGAAGACAUUCCAGUGGUCCUCUCUGCUUCGUCAACCCUCUGUUUCUCCAGACUCAUCACCACCACCACCACUGUGAGGAAGAUUCAUCUUCACAUGCUGUCAAAUCUGAUGACAACCUAGAGAAUGCAGAGAAAGCGUCCGUGAAGCUGGCAAGCAACAACCAAGAGAGCGACCAGCACUCGGACAAGAUCAAAGUGAACAGCAAAUCCUGCUCCCCUCCUCCUCGUCCCCCUCCUCCCCGCUCAAUGCCACGCCGGCGCCCUGCUCCACCUCCACCUGGACCUCCAGCACCUAGCACCAGACCCAAGAGCAUGCCAGAGACCGUUGCUGUGGCUCCAAGGAAACAACAGUCCCCCAGCAGGCGUCCAGCACCUGCUCGACCACCAAUGGGUGCCAAGCAAAGCAGCCCAUCCAAAACUACCAGCUCACCAAUCCCUGUGCCUUCAAACCCACCACCUCCAAGACCUAAAAAACCUGAUCUGGAAGCCCACCGCUGCCACAUUGCCCUGGACGAUGAGACAAUCGCCAAGGCCUUGUCUCGUGCCAGGCUUCCACCCUGCCAGCCUCCUCCUUCUGUUCCUGCUGAUGUACUACUGGAGAAUAACGCGGGUUUGUCCAUCCCAAGUGAGAGGAGACGCCAGCGGCUCAGUGACAUGAGCAUGUCUACUUCUUCCUCUGACUCAUUGGAAUAUUCACAGUCUCCUGGAUUCUCCCUGGGCUUGGCUCCCAGCCCGCCACGACACCUUAAUCAUCAAGACCCAGUGGAGGAUAGCACUGAAGAUGAUGAGGAUGGAGAAGAAGAAGAGGAGGAGGACUAUGGGGUCGGCCUGGAGGCAGACUUAGAAAUGCGCCUCCGUCCGUCCUUCAAAGCGCGGAGGCGAAGGGUUGGCGUGAGUCUGAGUGGAGGAUCCUUUAUUCUCCCCAGGGCCUUGAAAGGACGCUUCCGCAAGGUGAGCGGUAUGCUCAGUUCCCUCAUGACCCCUGAGAGACGGGCGGUGAAAAGGAUCGCUGAGCUGUCCAGGGAUAAAAGCUCAUAUUUUGGCUCCCUGGUCCAGGACUACAUCAGCUUUGUUCAGGAGAACCGGGGCUGUCACACAUCAGGGAUGGAUUUUCUGCAAACUCUCAGGCAGUUUAUGACACAGAUGAAGGCUUACCUGCGCCAGAGCUCUGAGCUGGACCCUCCUAUAGAGUCACUCAUACCUGAAGAUCAGAUCGACCAGGUGCUAGAGAAGGCCAUGCACAAGUGUGUUCUGAAGCCUCUGAGGAGCGUGAUCGAGGUGGCUUUACAUGACUUCCAGGUGAACAGCGGAGCUUGGCAGCAGCUGAGGGAAAAUCUGGCCCUGGCUAAGACCAAGAGGCCUCAGGAGCUGGGGGUGGAUGGGGCCGUGCCCCCUGACCCCGUGGCUAUUGAGAAAAUCCGCCACAAGUUCCUAAACAUGAGGAAGAUGUACUCCCCUGAGAAAAAGGUGUCACUGCUGCUGCGUGUGUGCAAACUCAUCUACACCAUCAUGCAGGAUAACUCAGGGAGGAUGUACGGUGCAGAUGACUUCCUACCCAUGCUGACCUAUGUAGUGGCUCAGUGCGACAUGCCUCAGCUGGACACAGAUAUCCAGUACAUGAUGGAGCUGCUGGACCCAUCUCUGCUUCAAGGAGAGGGUGGCUACUACCUGACCAGCGCCUACGGAGCCAUGGCCCUCAUCAAGAACUUCCAGGAGGAGCAGGCAGCCAGAGUGCUGAGCUCUGAGGCCAGGAACACUCUGCAUCAGUGGCACCGCCGACGCACCGCCCAGCGUUCAGUGCCAUCAGUGGACGACUUUCAGAACUAUCUCCGUGUAGCCCUGCAAGAAAUGGACACAGGCUGUACGGCCAAAACGUUGAUCGUCCACCCUUACACCACCACAGAAGAGGUCUGCUCACUCUGUGCUUUCAAAUUCAAGAUUCCCGACCCUGAGAACUACGCACUGUUUCUGGUCACCGAGGACACCAGCCAGCAGCUCGCCCCGGAUACACACCCUCAACGAAUCAAAUCCGAGCUGCACAGCCGGCCUCGUGCACAGAUCUUCCAUUUUGUCUACAGGAGGGUGCCUAACCUUAACCUCUGUAUCCCUGCCGUCAUACACAACGGAAACUGCCUUCAAGUCGAGUAGUGGGGGAGAAUGAACCAGCUUGCUGCACUUGAUCCUAAAUAAUAGUUGUGCCUUAUGGUAUUCACGUGGUGCUUGUAGAUGUUUGUUUUGUAGACAGAUUUGAAUGGAAGCAGAAACUAGGCAGACAGAUAUUAAAUAUAUAAAUAUAUAAAUAUUAAGGAGAUUUAUUUUUUAUGAGGAAUUGCCAAGUGGUAGGAUGGACUCUGGAAAGUGCUGUUUCAGUGAAGAUAUGGGUCAUAAAUGUAAAUGUUUCAAGUUUAGUUCAAGUAUCAAAACUUCAGCCAUUUAGAAUCUAUUUGGCCCAUAUCUACUGUGGUUAGGCCUUAUGGCAGGGGGGAAUGGUUAGAUUAUGUACUGUAUAGAGGCUGAUUUGCAGGAAUUUUAGUAUGUGAAGUCUUAUAUGGAGGGGAAAAGUUCUUCAGAUGGUUGGACAUGUAUACAUCCUCAAAGCAGAGGUCAUACAGUAUAAUAUUGCAUUUUAUGUAACUAACUUACUUAACUGCUGUUUACCCAGGUGCCUUCAAAAGGAAUUGAACAUACUGUAUGCUACUGAAAGCUUUCAGCUGUCAUCCAGUGAUUAGUCAGCUUUGAAAUCAAAACGACCCUGAUAAAAAAUGUCAUAUAAAAACAUGAAUUUAAUGAGUAAAAUGAACUAUUGUAAAAGUUAUGAUUGUUUUUUAUUGCUCUUAUGUAUUUUUCUGCAAUUGCUGGUCAAUUGUAGCUUGUAUUUCUGUGUAGAAAUAUUUUUAUAUUCAAAUGUUUCUUUUUUCUCUAAAGUGACAAAGAUUUGUAUUCUGAAUUAUUACAUAUUUCUGUACUGGACUCAAUACUGGACUUAGAUUUAUGCCAGUUUUUUUUCUUCUCAAAAGUCAUUUAAAGACAACACUGUUUCUAUUGUUUGUUAUGGAAAGCUCAAAGCUGACUGUGGAAAUAUAUAAAAUUCUCUCCAAACGAGGCUACUUGCUGACUCCAACAAAAUAUUAUCUUUCAGGAAAUUGUACAACUUUACUUUCAAGAGGGAGUGCCAAUUCUUCAGAUUUUGUUGCUGCACAAUACUGCCCCAACAGCAAAGAAACAACAGGAGAUUUUACUGGAUUCAUAAAAUGUGUCCACAUAUGACUAUGAAAUGCACCAUUAUUCACACAUUUGUAUACAAUACUAAAUUAAACUGAUUUGCAAAAAAAUAUGAACUGAUUUUCAGAACCUGCUGCAUAGGUCUAAAUUUAAGGUGGUAUGGUAGGGAAUAUUUGUUGAGCUUGUUUGUUGCUUUGAAACACAAAAUCCAUUAAACUAUCCCUCACAGAUCCUUGACCAAGAGUUGUAACAAAAUGAAUUGGUGUUUAUCAGUAAAAUCUGACUUAAAUUAGGAAUUGUCACAACACAGACCCUCCCAUCCCUUUGAUUACAGCCAUUUGAAACUGGCCAUAAGUACAUAUUUACAAUGAGGUAUUGUGCUUGGGUUUCUACUGGCUGAAAAACUUCCUGGAACUGAGUUAUUAAGUAUUGGACUAGCCUUUCUGCAGCCCCUGUGAUAAGUAACAAUGUAUCUGGUGACAUAAUUGCACACUUUGAAGUAAAACACCCAUGUCAUAUAUCUGUAGUGUCUAGCCUCUAAGACAGAAAUCUCUUCUUGGUUUUGAGUUUGGUCCAAGUACCAGGAAAAAUGCUUGUUUUCAUGGAGAAAGUUAUGCCAUUGUGGCUGCUUUACAUGCAUCCAUUGUGGUUCACAAGGUAGAAUAAAGUGUCAGUACAGACAGGUUAUGACUUAUGAGGUUAUGAUUUCUUCCUCUGACCACACACCACUUUUCUGUGGUAGAUUUUGGUGGCUUUAAAACUGUGGCCCCCAGGGAUGGGGUGAUGCUAUGACUGAUAUUUUUGAGGGCAACCAUGACUAUGGAUGCCUCCAUGAUGAACUGAGGGGUUUCUUGGAAAGGCCUGGGGGUCACCCUUCAUGGGAAGAAAUUCACCUUAACAUUUAUAUUUGCCUGGAGGAGGUUGACACUGUGCACUGGUAUCACAAUGGUGAAGCUUAGAUCGUGUUAAAAAUGAAGGGAACAUAUUUUACAUGUGCACUAUGUUCAUAGUGUUUGCAUGAGUUUUGUAAGUAUUGACACAUAUGCAUUUUAUUGUAUCUAUAGAGUACUGUGAUCAACAGGGUAUAUUGAAAUGUGUUAGCAGGUCUCUGUAAAGUCUUGACUCAAGCUCUUACUUAAUAAAUCCUGACCUGGAGCUGGUCAUUAGCCGGACUACAUGGUCCCUCUGUGCGGCUCAGGUUGUAGAAAAUGCACUUGCACCUUCCAAAGAAAACCUGUAAUGUGGAUUACACCACAUGUUCACAUUUAUUUUAAUGUUCAUAUAAUAUAGCCUAGUUUAGAGGCUGAAUAAAAUUUGUAACUUUAAUUGCA